CCCCGGAUGUUGCCCCACGCUUGCUCAUGUCCCGGAUGUACCUACAUUUUAGUAGAGGAACAAAAAAUGGGCUCAUUAUCAAGCUUCACCAAACCGUUUAAAUUAUCCCCACACACGAUUAUUGUACAUGUAUGAGGACCAGGCCGCAGUUCUGAGCAGACUCCACGUCCAUAGUCUCCGUGUCUGUAAAGUGAUUCAUGAAAUCGAAGAGAGUGAAGUUGGAGGUGAGAGUUGCGGGCCGAGUGUGUUGACACAGUUGGAGCUGCUUCACACUGCUGACAGGGCCUUCCGCCAUCCCCUCACCCGUCAUCCGCCUAGCGAAGAGUGAUGACCUCACAGCAGCAUGGGAAUGCCAACCCUGCCCUCCUCUCGCCACAGAACUCUUCAUCAAGUCAGGGCAGGCAACACAUUUCUCGUUCCCCGAUAGACUCAUAUUCCCGCUCCGGGCUUUCCUCUCCUCGGAGAGGCUGGGUUGCAGCGUCCUCAUCCACAACAGCUCAUGGUAACUCUCUCGCGCUCUCUCUAAGCCGAUUGGCUCCGGCAUCCUGCAGUAAUUCCUCCUCGUCUCGGAGACCUGCGUCCGGCCGGGUGGAGCCGUGGCCGGAGGAGGCUGUGGAUGACGCAUAUGGCCUUUACUCUCUUCACCGCAUGUUUGAUAUUGUGGGUGCGCAGCUGACGCACCGUGACGUACGUGUGCUGUCCUUCCUUUUUGUGGACGUUAUUGACGAGUACGAGAGAGGAGGGAUACGGAGCGGGCGAGAUUUCCUGCUCGCACUGGAGCGUCAGGGGCGAUGCGACGAGACAAACUUCCGGCAUGUUCUUCAGCUGCUCCGCAUCAUCACUCGCCAUGACCUGCUGCCGUACGUCACGUUGCGCAAGAGACAGACAGUGUGCCCAGAUCCAGUGGAUAAAUACCUGGAGGAGACAUCAGUCCGUUAUGUUUCUCCCAGAGGAGCAGGAGAAGCCCAGCAGGGAACUCCUCACAGAAGAACAGGACCCCAGCCAUUGAUCUGCUGUCCUCCAUCAGGACCCCAGGUAUGCCCACCCCGUGCUAAACCAACCCCACCUCCGCCAAGCAGAAAAAGGAAGAGAUCUCACACGACAGCUGACUGCAGAGAAAAACAGACCUGUGACAUACGACUGAGGGUGCGUGCGGAGUACUGUCAACAUGAGUCGGCUCUACAAGGAAACGUCUUCUCCAACAAGCAGGAGGCGCUGGAGAGGCAAUUUGAGCGGUUCAACCAGGCCAACACCAUCCUUAAAUCCCGUGACCUUGGUUCCAUCAUAUGUGACAUCAAGUUCUCAGAGCUGACCUACCUGGACGCCUUCUGGCGGGACUACAUCAACGGCUCACUAUUAGAAGCCCUGAAGGGCGUUUUCAUCACGGACUCUCUGAAGCAGGCAGUGGGCCACGAGGCCAUUAAGCUCCUGGUGAACGUGGAUGAGGAAGACUACCAAGCUGGCAGGAGGAAGUUGCUGAGGAACCUGGUGGCGGGAGGUGCCGGUGCAGGGACAGGGAACAGGGAGGGUCCCUUGUCCUAGUGGUGGGAUUGACUCGGUAAGUGGAGGAAAUUCAGAGAGACCCUGAUGAGAGAUUGGACACUAAUGAGAAAGUAUACAUGGGGGGGGGGGAGGAAUGUAAACAGAGAGGAAGUGACUCUUAAAAGAAAGAUACCCUACAAGAGGCCGGGAUUUGCAUCUUUAGCAGAUGUGGAUGGAAAGAGGCGUUAAAAGUGUUCUGGAAAGUUACGUUAUUUCUGUUUUAUUUUGAGUAUCUCAAGUUGUGGAAAUAAAAGAUGAAGGGGGAAGUAUCGGACAAAGAAGGCAUUUAGUUUCUUUUGUCUUUAUUCCUGCGUAAUUGACACUAAUGCUUUUGUUUUUAGGCUUGUGUGAAUUAGUUUUUUUUUUUUUUUUUUUGUGCUACAUUUCUAUUUAAGUCUUGUUGCACAACCAUUUGCUCUUAGUGAAAUUCUCUUGGUUAAAUUAAAUGUGUUCGCCUCAAAGUUUAACAAAGAGGACAGGUUGCAUAAGGUUUGAUUGACUGAUUUGCCUUUAAAAACAUCACAUUGUUUCUAUUGAUUAUGGAAUAAUUCCCCUGUCAAUGUUGUUUAGCCAUCCAUGUUUUUCUGGAUGUGAACUUGCAUACGCAGAAAUCUCAGUUUUUAUGAAAAAUCACACAAAAUCUUCAUUGCACACUGCAACACUGCACUUCGCUUUGGAAUUGCGACUACUUUAUAGAGAACACAUUCUCCAUUUGUUUCAUCACUGAAAUUAUUGCACAAUUGGGUUGUUUUAGCAAAUUCAUAAAGAAGAUUCUGAAGCAUGGACGAUUGUUUUUCAGAAUGGUUUAUGAUAUGCUUUGUUGCAGUUUGUGUUUUCAUGCAUCAUGUCCCUGUAAUUUUCUUUUUCUUUUGGUUAUAGAAAAAACCUAAUAACAUUAGAAAAUGUUCACACUUUUUUUUUUUUUGGCAACUUAAUAUGUGCUCUUUGUCCCGAGUUUUCCAAAAAGAUUAAGACAUUUGGGCUCUCUAGGCCUAUUAAUAUCCAUGUUUGGACCAACCUAGCUCUGAAAUUAAUCUUCAUUGUUUGUUAUUGGUUGAAUUUCUGGGCAGAACGGUUUAAUACAGAGAUACGCCUUUGUAGAGUUCAAAUGCAUGUGACGGCAGUAUUUGAUUAAGGCUUUGUAUUUUCACAAAGGUAUAAAUUGGCUACUUUUGUUCAAUCCAAAAAAAAAUUAUUAGGUAGUUCUGAGAGUUCUAGUAAAAAAAAAAAAAGGAAAAAAAAAGAUUUGUACUGUUAUCGCUACUUUAAAAUGUGAUCUCACAAUGCAGCACACAUGACAGAAGCUGAACCUUUUUCUUGUCUCAUGAUUUUGGGGUGCUCCUUAAUAGCAGUUUUUAAUGUGCUAUAUUUAUAAUUUCUACUCAUUUGAAUUCAAGCAAAUGUGUCCUGAGAAACGGCCUCUGCCAUGGUUUAUAUGUUGAAAUAAUCUGCUGUAACCUCUGUCCAACAAGUCUUGAAAGAUGACACAAAAUGUGCCAACCUGAAGCGCAACCUGUGUUUUAACAUGACUGAAGUGAAAGAAAAAUGCCUGAGCAACAUGCAAUCGCAGGAAGAUGUUUAAUUUGACUGACUUGAGAUGUUUUUGCUAUACUUUUAAAAUACCAAAGCUGUUCCCAGACAUUCAUUCUCUCUUUAAUCUCUCUCUCUCUCUUCAUUCUCUCCUCCAUCUGUUAAGAUAUAAUGAAACUGUUGAAAUAUUGAAAGAAAAUUGGUGACUUGUGGGGUGAGUGGAACAGACGUUUAGAAAAGUUAGCUGUGGAUCAAUUACUGCUAUUAUUAUUAUUACUACAGAAGGAAGAAAAGCAUUUUGUAAUGUUUUCCUAAUGGAACUAAACAAAGUUACAGACUGGUAUCUAUUAUAUAGGUUACAUGUUCUAUUGAUUGUGUUCAAGUGUUUGUCUUUAUAUCUUGCAUGUAUAUGACAUUGAUCCCCUUAAAUAUCACACAGUGACAAUUGAGCUGUGGUCUGUAGAUUUGAGAUAUCUAGACAUUUCUAACCUUUUUAUACUUUGUUUUUCAUAGAGAAAGAAAUGGGAUUGCUACUUUUUGGAGAGGUGAGAUGAGUAUUCUCAAAGUGACACAGUAGAACAGAUGAAGACGGAGCACUUUAUUUUUUACUCUCUCAAGUAUUUCACCUAUUGUAACCAUAUAUAGUAAUACACCAUUCCAAAAUGUAGGAGACAUUCGGCAUCAUCGGCCAUCUGUCGCAUUAUGACUCUGAUUUUUGAAUAAUUUUAUUUUUGUUGACCAUGCCGGUGGUUGUGUUAAGUGAAAUAUUUACGUGCAAAAUAGACAGCUGGUUCAUUCAAUGUCUGUACAAAUCAAUAAAACAAACUGAAAAAUACAA